AUGGUCGAUGAUUCCAAGUCUCCUUCUCCAGACAAGCUAGAGAGCUCACCACCUGAGGGCGAGUCUCUUCUAUCACAACCGAACUCUGAUGCCCAAGGCCAGCUCGCUGCAGCUGUGGAUGAUCUGCUCAAUGAACUCCAAUCCAAAUUUGAUAAAGUCUCUACGGAGAUGUUUGGGAAACUGGAUGACAUGACCAAGCGCCUUGAUGAGCUAGAGGCAUCUCUAGCUGCAUCCUCGGGGGUGGUGCCCCAAGUCCGGCAACAUAAAUGA